UAGGUGGCGGGGAUAGCAGUGGUUUCGAAUCUGUGAAAGUUCUCGUCAGGGGGCUACCCCAAUUGCGCCGACGUUCUGCUUAGGAGUGAUACUACUGAGCCAGUGGCAGUAAAAGUUCCGAGGCACGACUGUAACCGCGUUCGAUGUCGAUUGCCAGCCAGCUGCAAAUGGUAACUAUGACCCAACGGGAGGGUAGUUUACGGCUGGGGGAGUGAGGCUUCAGAUCCCAGAUCCGGUGGCCUUUAUCACAUCCUAAACCCCAUGCAGAGACGAUGCUGGAUCGAUGAUAUCGAAGAUUAUGUACUGAAUACAAAAUGAAAUGGCUACUGGACUAUAUAAAGGGUUCGUACCAGUCAUCUUAUUCGGACUACAUCCUUGACGAUAACAGAUGGCUGUUCUUGACGUCAACCAAGCUCGUGCUUGCUUUCCGUCCUUGAGAUCAGGGCACAUUUAUGCCGAUAACGCAGGGGGGUCCAGGACUGCUCAGGCAGUGAUCGAUCGGGUCGUGGAUUAUUUAUCCAACACCAACGUACAGCUGGAAGCUGGCUAUUCGGCUGUAAACUCCCAGCGCGUUGUCGAGGGCUCCAUCGCCGCUGCAGAGUUGUUCAAUGCUACAUCUCUCGACGAGGUUGGGUUUGGAUCGAGUUCGACGAUGUUAUUUGAAAAUAUCGCUAGAGCACUCGAAAAUGAUAUCCAACCUGGAGAUGAAUUUAUCAUCACCUAUGAACAUGAAGCCAACAACGGUCCUUGGAAGCGUCUAGCUGCGCGGCGCAAUGCCGUGGUCAAAUACUGGCAUCCCAUACCAGUAUCUCCAGAAAAUCCUUACUCGGUCGUAUAUAGGGUCGAAGAACUUUUGCCGCUGGUUUCAUCACGCACAAGGCUGGCUGCGAUCACCGCGUGCUCCAAUAUUUUAGGAUCUGUGAUUCCUGUGGAAGAAACAGUGAAAGCUCUUCGCCAGCGUGCAAAAGAGCAGGGAGCAAUCAAAUUCGAGGUGGCUUUGGACUGCGUUGCAUACGCAUCGCAUAGAAGAAUGGACGUACAAAAGUGGGAUGUCGAUUACUGCGUAUUUUCUGUGUACAAGGUGUUCGGGGCUCAUAAUGCCUCUGCUUACGUGCGGUCAGCGGCUCUGCGGACAUCCUUCACGUCCAUUGUCCAUGAUUUCCUGAAGGUAGACGACAAACCCUAUAAGUUUCAACCAGGCGGUCCAGGCCACGAGCUCGUGUAUGGUGUAUCGGCAAUCGUGCCAUAUCUAAAGUCGUUGACUCCAGAAGAUGAUCUUGCAGCAUCUUUCAGCGCGAUUGCCAAACACGAGCAGGGAAUUUUGACGCCCUUGCUCCGCUUUCUGACGGACGCAAAACAAGUUGACAGGGGUGUUCGCAUCUUUGGGACAAGCGAGAUCAAUUUCUCAAGGAUUCCCACUGUUUGCUUCGUUGUUGUCGGAGAGAACGCGAUCAAGAGUAAGGAUGUCGUGGAAGCAUUUCACAAAAAGGGAGGAAUCUCAAUUCAAUGCGGCCACUUCUGUGCGUAUUAUCUUAUUGAUAAUCUACGCCCAAAGCUGGACGUGAAUGACGGAGUCGUCCGCAUCUCACUUGUCCACUAUAACACCGUUGAGGAAGUGGAGAGGAUCGUGGACGUACUGCGGGAAGUUCUGGCUUAGCAACAAGGUGAAGGUGAACAUGUAUAUAUGACAUUCAAGAAUGUACUUUCCUACCACUGCGUAGUCUCGAGGAUUAUUAUCUAGGCUUGUUGAGCAAGCUGCGGUUUCCUCGUGGCUAG